AUGUCUGUCGCAUUUUUAGCGGAUAAAGCACAAUCAAAAAUCACAAAAGAAGAUUUACAGGAUAUCGCGGCCAAGCUGAAUAUUUCCAUUCCAGAUGGCCCUGAUGCCGAUGCCUAUCUGCUGCUGCUGCAGUCGACGGAGGCCCUUAUGAGACAAGUAGAAGCCAGCGCCGAUUAUAUUCACCCGUCUCUAUCACCGCUGCCGACAACAAAGCCACGCGUGUUUUGGCUUCCAAAGCCCGAGGAAAAUCCCCUCAAUGCCUGGCGACAUUGUUGUGAGCUAGUCGCUGCUCAGCCAUCCAGCUCCUUGCUGCGGGGUAGAACUAUUGUAAUCAAAGACAAUAUCUCCGUUGGAGGUCUGCCAACAACCUUGGGGACUUUCACUGACAUACUCUGCAAUGACGGAAAUCUCCCUCUCUCGCCAAUAGAUGCUUCCGUGGUGUCUCGAGUCUUGGAUGCAGGAGCUACGAUUAAAGGUUCAUCGACCUGUGAGAAUUUCUGUGCAUCGCCAUUGUCAUACAGUGCAGCUACUGGCCCCGUCCACUCGCCCUGGAUGCAUGGCUGCACUUCUGGUGGUAGCAGCAGUGGCUCUGCCGCUCUAGUCUCAGCAAAUAUUGUUCAACGUCUGACCGGCCAAACGUUUGGCCCGACGGUUGAACUAGCCAUCGGUGGUGACCAAGCCGGCUCUGUACGAAUGCCCGCUGCUUAUACUGGAAUAUAUGGAUUAAAACCCACCUUCGGACUGGUUCCGUACACAGGAGCCGUCGGCCUGGUUCCCAUGAUUGAUCAUCUGGGGCCUAUCGCAGAAAAUCUAGAUGAUAUUGCACUCCUCUUGCAGGUGAUGGCGGGAUACGAUGGCAUUGACCCUCGCAUGACCCCAGAAUCGCCGCUUCGCAACCAGGUGCCGAAUUAUUCAAAACAACUAUAUGAAUUUAAAUCUCGAUCCCUCACAGCUGGCGAGAGAGUGGGCUCGUCUUUUCGAGUGGGCUUGCUCCUCGAGUCCUUCGACAUCCCGGGGCUUUCGGCAGAGGUGCGAGACACGGUCUUGCAAGCAGCUAAAUCAUUUUUCGCAAAAGCCGGGGCCACCGUUUCGGAAGUAUCCGUUCCUAUGCAUCGAGAAGGGAUCAUAAUCUGGACAGCAGCUACCAGGAUGUCCACGUCUGAUUUUGCCUGCCAGGGCAAACCGGGAGGGGCCCUCUCUUUUCUACCACCUCACAUCCGCGUCCAAUGGCCGCCCGACCAGCACAUGUACGAGCUGCUUACUGCUACAAACCCGUCGUUGGUGAAUAUCAUGUUCACUGGGCCGUUUCUAAACCAACACUUUGGCCCGGUCAGCGAGGCCAAGGCACAUCGAAAAGUGUUUGAAUUGCGGGCAGCAUACGAUCGUGCGUUGGAGGAAUUCGAUGUCCUCGUUACGCCGUGCAACCCAACGGUCUCUAUGCCACAUCCGAAAAUGAAGCCGGAUGACCAGGGACCUGCCUCUUCCAUUAUGGACAAGCUGCACGUUGCUGUCGGGGUCACGACUAACACGGCGCCAUUCAACGCAACUGGUCAUCCUGCCAUGAGUAUACCGUGCGGAUUUGGCCAAGGACCGGGUUCACCAGAGGCGAAGCUGCCGAUUGGGAUGCAGGUAAUUGCAAAGAGAUGGGAGGAGUUCACAAUCCUCAAAGCAGCGGCAAUUUUCGAAGAGGGUCGCCAUCUGGCAGAAACUGUGUGCACAGAACGCCAAUGA